UUGAUCUGCCGAUUCCAGCCGACUGAUAACGACCCCCGAAACGCCCGGCCAAAUGGCGGCGCUGAGGUCGGCCAGCAGGAGUUCGGGGUCGACUUGAACGAAGAUUUCGGCACCGCCGCCCUUGGCCGCGUCGAGGGACCCCCGCACUGCUUCACGGGCGGCGGGUUUGUCGCGCUCGGCGACGAAUUCAACCAGGUCGAGCACGGCUACAUCGGUUCCGGACGCGGUUAUUGCAGCGAUGCGUUCGGGUUGGGACAUGGGAACCAACAGCCACGAACGCCGGAUUUUGUCGGAGAGAUUGUGUCCAAGCCGCUUUCGUUAGAAAUCAAGGAAAUUCCCGACCACGGGCAAGUCGAGUUGCGGCUGACUACCGCAACUGGCAGCACCAGUUCCUCCUCGCCAACGACGUUCACGUUGGACCUGACCGACGACGAACGCGCCGCGCUGGAUUGGUAUCAUACCGAAUUUCAGAGAGCGCCGAUUGGCGCGUUGAACCGCGCCGAAGCCAUCGAAGAGGCCACGCGCAAUUUGGGGCGGGUGCUAUUCGAAACGCUGUUUUCAGCCGGAAGCGAAGGCCGUUCAUUGCUGGAUCAAUUUCUAGCCGAGGACGGAGAAGCGGAAGUCGCGAUCGUCUCACCAAAUCCGCGUUUCCUGGCGCUGCCCUGGGAGCUGAUGAACGACCCCACCCUGGGGUACUUCUGCACCAAGGUACACGGCGUUGUACGCCAGUUUGAAUCUGACCCGCCCGUUGAUGAUACGGACGAACGUACUGAGGAGUCGUUCAACGUCUUUGUCCUGUCGCCGACACCAAUCGCCGGCAGCGCCGAAUCGCAUGAGUCACUGCUGGCGGCACCGGUGGUUGCGGGCGGCAAUCUGGCAGAUGCCACGGUGGCGGCGUUGGAAAGUCUUAACCUGGAAGCGUCGCUGAACAACCCGCGACCGGCCACACUGGAAGCGCUUAGCCGGUAUCUCGGCGCAAGCCCUGGCGCUUACCACGUAGCGCAUCUUGACGGCGUGACGGCGAACUCGGACGGAAUGUUGCUGCUGGAAUCUGAUGACGGCUCGCCGGAUCCGGUACAACCCGAGGUUCUGGGCCGCGUGCUGGCCGACUCCGGUGUGAAGGUCUGUCUCAUUUCUGCAGGCGCUCAAGCCGGUGGCUCGACGACGCAACUGUGGUCGACGAUUGCGGCAUCCGUCGCUCGAGCGGGCGUGGCGCAGGUUGCGAUGAUACCGUUCCCGUUGCACCCGGAUACGAGAGAAGCGGCGACGCGAGAAUUUUAUGCGGCCGUGGUCCAGGGAAACUCGGUGGCUCACGCGGUGGCCCGGUUGCGAACCAGACUCAUGGAUGCGCCGGAACGCGUUACGUUGAACGGCAAACGGGUUACGUGGGACUGGCACCCGCCGAUGGUGUACCAGUCCAGACGAUAUCUGCCGCCCACGAUCGCGGAACACCAGCCAGACCCGCUGGCACCGCCGGAAAUCCAUCCCGAAGAAGCGCCGACCGAAGAUUUGCAGAUUCCGGCCGCCGGGCAGCAUGGGCUGGUGGGUCGCCACGCCGAAUUGCGGCAGCUGGAGCAUCUGCUUCGAGCCAACGACAUCGUGUUGUUGUCGGCACGGGUAACGUUCCCGGGCGGUGCGUUUUACACCGCCUUUGAAGCGUCGCAUCCGGCGGGCAUCGAGCGGGUAAUACAUGAGAUCGGGACUGCAGUGGCGGGCCUGGAAUUCGCCAAUUUUCCGGUCAACCAACAGCGCCAGUGGGUUGUCUCCUACCUGCAACAGAAUGCGUCCCUGCUGGUUUGGGACAACGUCGAAAACGUGGCGGGAUUCCCUGAUGGAUCGCCUGGGCUGCUUGACGAGACCGAGUUGCCCGGUUUGGCGGCGUUUCUGAGUGAGGUUACAACCGGUCCGGUGGGCAGCAGGGGUUUGUUGUUGAGUCGACGGCCAUCGGAAAGCUGGUUGUCUGUUCCCCACGCCUCGGUAAGGCUGGACGGACUGAUGGAAGCGGACCGCAACGGACUGGCGGCGGCGGUGAUGGAAAAGGUUGCCGUUCCGGCUUCGAGAGUCGGGAGCGAUUUCGGCGAACUGAUGGAGCUGCUGCAGGGGCAUCCACUGGCCAUGCAGGUUGCGAUUCCACCGGUGAAAGAGGUUCCCGCAACGGUGGCCGUGGGUGAAAUAACCCGAUUGCUGAACGAGAUGCCGGAUGGCGGGGAACCGGGACGCGCACCGAUCCUGACGGCCGCAAUGGAAUAUGCGUUCUCGCGCAUGUCGCACCGCAGCCGCAUACAUCUGCCCUUCCUGUCCAUGUUCCAGCGCCGCGUCAUGCUGGACGUGCUGAAUCACAUUACUCAGGAACGAGUGUACGCCACCAUAACCGCGAAGACCUGGGAUGGGGAGCCUGCCGCACGUUGCUGCGUUCGGCGAUGA